AUGAAGCAUGUAAGGCAUUUCCCCCCCUCCUUACUCCUCAGCUUGGUGCACGUUUGCCUGGUUCAGGCAAAUUAUGCCCCCUAUUUCUUUGAUAAUGGAGCCAGAAGCACAAACGGGAACAUGGCACUUCUCAGCCUUUCAGAGGACACACCUGUUGGUACCCACGUCUACACUCUGAAUGGAACUGAUCCAGAAGGAGAUCCCGUGACAUACGGCCUGGCCUAUGAAGCUGGAUCAAGACGCUACUUUUCUGUUGACAAGAACGUUGGAAAUGUUACGCUGAUCGAGGAGCUUGACAGAGAGAAAGAAGAUGAAAUUGAAGUUAUUGUCAGUAUUUCAGAUGGCCUGAGUACAGUUUCUGAAAAAGUGAGGAUCCUUGUAAUGGAUGCUAAUGACGAGAGCCCAGAGUUCAUCAAUACACCUUACAUAGUCCAAGUCCCAGAGAACACUCCCUCUGGCAGCAGUAUCUUUAAGAUUGAGGCAGUGGACAAAGACACAGGUUCUGGAGGAAGUAUCACCUACUUCUUGCAGAACAUCCAUGCUAAUAAGUUUACAAUAGACCGUCACAGUGGUGUCCUGCGCAUCAAAACAGGGAUCACCCUGGAUUAUGAGAAAUCAAGAACACAUUUUGUUGUCGUCGUGGCCAAGGAUGGUGGUGGGAAACUCAGGGGAGACAACAAGGUGUUUUCAGCCACAACAACCGUUACUGUCAAUGUGGAGGAUGUCCAGGACACUCCUCCCAUGUUCAUCGGGACUCCUUACUAUGGCUAUGUCUAUGAGGAUACACUCGCAGGCUCUGAGGUCCUUACUGUUGUCGCUCUUGAUGGAGACAGAGGAAAGCCUAACAGUAUUCAUUACUGCAUCGUGAAUGGAAGCGAAGGUUCAUUCGAAAUCAACAACACAACUGGAGCCAUUUCUGUUAUAAAAAGCCCAAACCAGCUCAAGAAAGAAGUGUAUGAACUAAAAGUUCAGGCAUCGGAAGUCAGUCAGGAAGGUGACAUCUCAGUGUACGCUUUUGCCAUGGUGACUAUACGAGUGGUUGACCUCAACAAUCAUCCACCAACGUUCUACGGAGAAAAUGGUCCCCAGAACAGAUUUGAAUUGACCAUGUACGAGCACCCCCCAGAAGGUGAAAUCUUGAGAGGAUUGAAGAUUACAGUGAAUGAUUCAGAUCAGGGAGCCAAUGCUAAAUUCAACCUCCGUCUUGUGGGACCUGGUGGCAUCUUCCGAGUGGUUCCCCAAACUGUCCUCAAUGAGGCUCAGGUUACAAUAAUCGUGGAAAAUUCUGCUGCUAUUGACUAUGAAAAAUUCAAGGUGUUAACUUUCAAGCUUCUUGCAAUAGAGGUGAACACACCAGAGAAAUUCAGCUCGACAGCUGACGUGGUGAUACGUUUGCUGGAUACCAAUGACAAUGUCCCGAAGUUCACCUCCGACUACUACAUUGCCAGGGUCCCCGAGAACUCCCCGGGGGGCUCAAAUGUAGUUGCUGUUACAGCUACAGAUCCAGAUUCAGGGCUCUGGGGAGAAGUCAAGUACUCUAUCUAUGGAACAGGAGCAGAUCUGUUCUUAAUCCACCCAUCAACAGGUAUAAUUUACACCCAGCCCUGGGCUGUCUUAGAUGCUGAAGUGAACUCGAAGUACAAUUUCUAUGUGAAGGCAGAGGACACAGAUGGGAAAUACAGCCUGGCUGAAGUGUUCAUCACUGUGCUAGAUGUCAAUGACCACUCUCCAGAGUUCAAUGAGAACAUCCAGGAAAAGACGAUGAUCAUCGGGUCACCAGUGAAGAUAGAGGCUAUAGAUCAAGAUGCAGAAGAGCCCAACAACAUCGUGGAUUAUUCCAUCAUGCAAGCAGAUCCAGCCAAUGUGUUUGAUAUAGACCAAAGCACUGGGGAAAUCAAGCUGAAAUCCUAUAUCCGUUCACUGGACAUCAUACACAACAUCACAAGGAACAAAGACUGCAUAUGGUCAGUGGUGGUGCAGGCCAAAGACCGAGGCUCCCCGUCCUUCAGUACCACAGCAGUUCUGAAGAUUGACAUCACAGAGGAGACUCUUCACAAAGGGCCUAUGGCCGCCUUUUUGAUGCAAACUAAAGAUAACCCCAUGAAAGCCUUAGGAGUGCUAGCUGGUGUCAUGGGCAUAAUGGUGCUGAUAACUAUCAUGAUCUCUACUGCCAUGUUCUGGCGCAAUAAGCGGUCCAACAAAAUCAUGCCGGUGAGAAGGAUCAUAAAAAAGAGACAGACCCCGCCGUCCCGGACAAUCAGGAUGGAGUGGCUGAAGUUCAAGAGGCCCAGCAAUGCUGCGGAGAAGUUUGUCGUUGAGGAUGAUGCCAAGAGCCUACACAAUGAGAACAGCAACAACAACAUCCAGGUUGCUCCAACCGCCCCCUCGCCCCCACCGCCCCCUGCCCUGGCUCCCAGGGGGGACGACCCAGGUUGGCGGGUGCCAACAGUGUCCGGGUCCCUCACCCCCAAGUUUAUAAACAAGCAGCUGAAGAAGAGAGGCCAUAGCAGCGCCCACAAUGCCCUCGUGUCAGAGCUCAAAUUGAAGUUUGAGAAGAGGAACGAAGCUAUCGGUGAGCCCCACAUCUAG